AUGAGUGGGCAGGAAAAGACGGAGCAGUCAUGUGGGCAGUACGGCAGGGACGCCCCCUGGUACCCCAUGAGAAAAUGGUGGCAGUCCAGCCGUCUUUUCAGUCAGGAUGUUGGCCUGCCUCCUUUCCUGGAGCCUCGAGACCCUAAGUGGGUGGAUGUGGAGCUGCUCCAGAGGAGUUUGGCAGCCUCUUCCUGGCCAGGGUACAUACCCGCUCCCCUGUUUGUGCCCUACAUCUCUGCUGCGAUGCAUCAUCCCAGGCAGAUGAGUAAGGAGCAGUACAAGUGGCAGGUCAGCCUGGACGUGGCUCACUUCUCCCCCUCUGAGAUUAGUCUCAGCGUCAGUGACGGAUUCCUGGAGGUCGGAGGGAAACAUGAGGAGAGGCCAGAUGAGCAUGGAUUUAUUGCCAGAUGUUUUACAAGGAAAUACAGGCUCCCGGCUGAGAUUGAUGUUUCCAAAAUUGCAUCCACACUUUCUGUUGAUGGUAUCCUGACUGUGGAAGCUCCAGUUCCUGAAACCUCUGUUCCUGCAGUCAUCAUUAUACCCAUAAAGGUAGAGAUGGAGGCAGCUGGAGAAAUAAAGGAGCAAUAUGAAGCUCCUGAUACAAACCCAGAUAACAGCAGAGCACCAGAGGACCCAGACAGUACGUGUGCAGAGGAUUGUGGGGAUGAGUCUCCAGUAGAGGUCCGUGGUGAUCAGGCACACCCAGACAGCUCUGCUGCUGGAUUUCAACAGCACGAAGAGAGGAAGGAACAAGAGAAGGAGACCCAUGAAAAGCCACCUGGAAUAUCCAACCCUUCAGAAGCUGCAACUGGCGAAAGCACAGAGAGUGUUCCAGAUUCUUUAAAGCACCAUGAAGACCCUGAAAGCCAAGAGCACCCAGACAAAGACCUGUCCAAACAGCAAGAACACAAAGAGCCAGACCUGGAUGAAGAGAUCCAGGUAAUGGCAGGCACAGAGGAGGCUGCUGUGGAAAUGAUUCAUCCCGAGGAACCAGAGCUGGGCAAGGGUCCACCGAGCAAGGUCCUGAGCCAACAGCUGGAGGCUCCUGACAUAAAACAAGAACACACUAAGUAG